UAUAAACAGUUUGAUUUGGAGUUAUUUGGUACAUUCGACAAUUCUGACUGCGCCAAGCUACGAAGAGGAGCGUGGUGGUACAUUUGGGAUGAAUAUGAUGAAUAUGAUUUAUCGUACUUGUGUGGAAGUGCCAAUCCAUUUGGACUGUAUAUGAAUGGCUCAAAAUGUGACAUAAGACUUGGCUGCAUGGGCUGGACGGGUUGGCCUGGAGAACUCUUCAAUAUAACAGAGCGACGAGAGAACAAGGAACUUGAUAAUGGCUGGUAUUCAUUCAAAGAGAUGAGGUUUUUAAUUCGUCUGAGAGAACCUAGAUGGAGAGAAUACUCGUAGUAAUCUUCUGGGAAAGUAUAUGAACUGAAAAUAAUAGCUUAUAAGCAAACACAUACACUAUAAAAACUAGAUCAGGAUAUUUUGUUCAAUUAAACCACUUCUUCCAUCAGCUUUUAGGAUUAGUUUGAAUUAAUGAAAUAUGAGGUGGUGCCCGAUACCCUUCUUACAUCCUUAAAAAACCUAAAAGAUCCUUAAACUCUCUUCUAUGUUUGGUGUAGUCCACAAAUCUGCUCUUUUUUUCCUUUCACCAACCCUAGCAAAAAAUUGAAGGGAUAAACAUACCCUCAUUUUUGAUAUGUUUGUUGUCUUAAAGGGUACUAGAUGAAGUUUUAAAAAAUUG